AGAGAAUGACAUGAAGCUGGAAUACCAGGCUCUACAGAAGAGACAUAAUGAGGUUGUGCAGAAGUACUUGGAGUAUGUUGACCGGGUCAAGAUGAUGGGACAGGUUGAUACUACCACACAACAAAGGUUCAGAAUGAAUCACGAGCUUGGAUCUCCGACUUAUUCAAGGGGGGAUGAUGAGAUAAACAUUCAGAAACACCAAUUGGUGGAUGGAUUUGACGAUGACCAGCUGACACCUACCAAGGAGAGGAUCAUGUCCGAUGACCUGACAUCGCCGACCACCACUCCCUCUAAUGCUCUCAACAAGUUCAAUGAUAAAUCUAAUGAAAAGAACCUAGAGAAGGAACUGACGGAGACGAUGACAUCACCUAUCGCUGCUGGGACAGGGUCCUCCACCACAGAAACACAGGCUACAGUCCCUACUAUGAAUGCAGAGACAGUGAUGACACCUCAGAUAGACAACAGGCAUGUAUUAAACCCUGCUCUGAGAGACAUCAUUGCAAGUACUCCAGAACUCAAUGAAGGAGGGGUCACCAGACCGGCUAAUCUACCUGUCAAAAGCCAAGGUACAAAGUCUGCCACCAUCUUUGAUGAGUUGGAUCCGUCUGUCAUCAGUGAGAUGGAUGAAGGUGCUAACAUCGUAGUGGAUCCUGGGGAAUUUUCUGUGAUGACACCUGAUAACUUCUAUGGAAUGGGUAAAGAAGUGGAGAACAUCCUCAUGGAAAACUCAGAGCUUAGACAAACAAAGAAUGCUUUGAAUGUUGUCAAGGAUGAUCUCAUAGCCCAGGUAGAUGAACUCACUUCAGAAACAGAGAUGUUAAAACAGGAGAUUACGAGCAUCAACAAUUCCAAGUCUCGUCUCAACGUACGCAUCACAGAUCUAGAAGAGGAAUUGAAAAAGGCGAGGGAGGAGAAUGAGAAGAUCAGAGAGAUUGAUGAUGAAGAAGGUGUUCCUAUGGCCCAGAGGAAACGCUUCACUCGUGUGGAGAUGGCUAGGGUUCUUAUGGAAAGAAACCAAUACAAGGAGAGAUUGAUGGAACUACAAGAAGCUGUUAGGUGGACAGAGAUGAUUAGAGCUUCCAGAGAACAUCCAUCCUUUGAAGGAAAGAAAAACAAAUCAUCCAUCUGGAAAUUUUUCAGCAACCUCUUCACAAGUUCAUCUUCAAGCUCUUCCUCCAUGACAGCGCCCCCUCCCAGACGAAAUUACCCCGCGGCAAAUGUACGAUACAAUGCCCCCACGGGAUAUGUCGCACCUAACAACAAGCAGCGUACCCAGACGAUUGCAUCGCUUGACAACAAGACCAAAGCUUUUGAUUUCUUGGAAGAUGGUGAGGGUAGUCAGCGCAUAAAAGAUAAGCGAGAGCAGUACAAGAAGGUCAAAGCACAUGUUAGGAAAGAUGAUGGGCGUGUCCAAGCUUAUGGGUGGAGUCUACCAGCCAAGCACCCCUCCCCCUCCAGAAGCCCCGCCUCUAACCAAUCUCAGGUAGAUGGUAGUACAGCAGUAAGUACUGGAGGUGGAACAGGGCGUGGUCUGAUGGGCGUACCUGUCCCUGUCUUCUGUCGACCAUUGUUAGAGAAGGAGCCAGGAACAAAGAUCUGGUGUGCAGCUGGAGUGGACCUUAACGGUGGGAGAACUCGAGAUGGCGGGGCAAUAAUCGGAGCUAGCGUCUUUUAUUCCAUCCCUGAUCCUGAUGCUGAUGACUCUAGUAGGAGUAGUAAGGAUGGAUCAGAGCUUGAUAAACUAGAUGAAGAAAUAACUAAACAACAGAAAGAGCUUGACAAGCAUAAGAAAUACAAGUUAUCAUCUUUAGUCUGGAUAUGUACUAGUAAUCAGAGUUCAACUAAAGUGACAGUGAUAGAUGCCAACCAGCCCCAGAGCAUUCUUGAUAUGUUCCCUGUCAGCACUGCCUAUGUGCUAUGCAUAGCAUCCGUACCAGGAGCAAUGGAAUCCGACUACCCUACAGACGAAGAUCUCCCGUCUGAGACUGCCGAUGAUACUGCAUCAGUAUCUAGUGCUGGCAGUGAUAGUGGAUUUGGUAAUGUUACCUUGGUAACUGCAAGUAUACCAGCCACGCCCAGUGGUACUUCACCAACAUCAGAACCAGAAGGUGGAGUAAGCCUAGGUGACAGCGAGGCAAACUUCAAGGCUGAGGUGAGUGAAGCCAACGUGAGGAACAUCUCAUCCGUGACCGAUGCUGAGAAGGCUCUAAGAGAAGCAGCAGCAGCUGAACCUCUCCCAGACACUGUAGGGAUGGAAGGUGUGGUCAAAGACAACAUCCUCAAGACAGACUCAGCAGCUAGUAGUGAUACUGAGGGAUCAGCUACAGACCCUCUUGGUGCAACCACCGAACCCAUUCCUACUGAGACCAUCGUCGCAAGGCAACGUCGGGGAACGUCCAGUGAUCUCCUGAAGGAUGGUCUGUCUGAUGCACCAACGGUCAGUGAUGCCAUGCAUGAGGUCGCCGAAAAGAUGACAAGUAUUAAACCUACUAUGUGGUUGGGUGCUCAAAAUGGAAAUCUUUAUGUACAUUCUGCUGUCUCUCAAUGGAGGAGAUGUCUACAUGCAAUCAAGCUCAAGGAUGCCAUCUUUGCUAUUGUACACAUCAAAGGGAGAGUGUUGGCAGCACUGGCAGAUGGAACAGUAGCAGUCUUCCACAGAUCAGCUGAUGGACAAUGGGACCUGAAUAACUAUCAUGUACUAGACCUCGGCAAACCUCAGAACUCAAUCAGAUGUAUGGUGGUGGUCCUAGACCGAGUCUGGUGUGGUAUUAGGAACAAGAUCCAUGUCGUUCAUCCUCAGACUCUCAAAGUAGAGAAAUCCUUUGAUGCCCAUCCACGUAAGGAGAGUCAGGUUCGUUUACUAUCAUGGCAAGGUGAUGGUGUAUGGGUUUCUAUCCGUCUAGAUAGUACCCUACGUCUCUACCAUGCCCAUACUCAUCAACACCUUCAAGACGUGGACAUAGAGCCUUAUGUCAGUAAAAUGCUGGGCACGGGAAAGCUUGGUUUCUCCUUUGUUCGUAUCACAUCGGUAAUGAUCUCAUGUAAUAGACUGUGGGUUGGUACUGGUAAUGGUGUCAUCAUCUCAAUACCACUAUCAGAAAGUAAGAAGCCAGCAUCGACUGGAGGUAGUCGACCUGGUGGUGUCAUCCGUGUCUACACAGACUCUAAGACAGACAACGUGAGGGCCGGUAGUACCAUUCCAUACUGUAGCAUCACCCAAGCUCAACUAUCCUUCCAUGGUCAUAGGGAUGCUGUCAAGUUCUUUGUAUCUGUACCAGGUAACAACUGUUCAGCUAGUGGUAUAGCUACAGGUAGUGUAGGAAGCGCUCCAUCUCCUUCCAAUCCUGAUCAACCUCCUCCUGAUAACCUAGCAACCAAGAACAUGCUUGUACUCAGCGGAGGAGAGGGAUAUAUUGACUUCAGAAUUGGUGAUGGUGAUGAUGAGGAUGAAGGAUCUGGUAACUAUGGCGAUGUACUCACAAACUCUUCUCGGUCAGCACGCAGUGAGAGAAGUCAUCUCAUCGUCUGGCAGAUAGCUGGACAAACAGACUAGCCCCAUCAUAUGUCCAAAAAUUGCCAGUGUGUAUUUGUUUUCCUCUCCUCUCGAGGUAUCGUCAUUGUGCAUCUUUCUUGUAUCCUGUUUGUCUCCCUCUAUGGCAAAUCACUUCAGAUUUCUCCUUGAAAGUUGGCUUACUAUUGUUGAUGCCUGUGUUAAUGAACUUGAUUUCCACUUAAGGGUACAAGUACAUGUGUAAAAGGGUUAAU